CGUACCAUAUAGAAGCACCUACAGCAGCCAUAAAAACAAGUGUGUAUUCUUCUUCUGCAUACCUAGGCCAUGAACUCUCUGUUGUUUUCAUGCCAAUUACUGCUUAUCUCACUCUUCAUUCUCUCAUCUGAUUCUGCAUCCGAUGAGUUUAACCUUCAUUUUCCGAAGCCGAUAAGAGGAGUAACUCCCGACGACAUCAAGACUAUGUAUGCGCCAUUGUCUGACGACUAUGAAAUAUUAUAUUACAACCAAACAGUGGACCAUUUCAACUACAGGCCACUAAGUUAUACUAGUUUUAAACAAAAAUAUGUGAUCAAUUCCAAGCACUGGGGUGGCUCACCUGCACCUGUUUUUGUCUACUUUGGUGCCGAAGCGCGACUGACUAAUGGUACUGUAACCUAUGGGUUUAUCGCUGAUCAUGCCAUUCACUUUAAAGCUCUUCAGGUUUAUAUAGAGCACAGAUACUAUGGAGAAUCAGUUCCAUUUGGAUCAAUUGAAGAAGUUAUGAAUAAUCCAGAGGCUCGGGGUUACUUCAACUCAGCUCAAGCACUAGCAGAUUAUGCAGAAAUCAUUUUACAAGUCAGGAAUGAUUAUGGGGCUCAUAAAUCACCAGUCAUUGUCGUUGGUGGAUCCUAUGGAGGAAUGCUGGCUUCAUGGUUUAGACUAAAGUAUCCCCAUAUGGCACUUGGAGCUUUAGCUUCCUCAGCUCCAGUUCUUUACUUUGAUGACCUUGUACCGCAUGAUGGAUACUACACAUUUGUCACCAAGGAAUACAGAGAUGUAAGCGAGAGUUGCUAUGAAACCAUACGAGAUUCGUGGUCCGAAAUCAAUAAAGUUGCUGAUGAAGAAAAUGGGCUAUGGAAACUUCAUGAAAAAUUUCAUACUUGCAGUGAAUUGAAGGCUUCGUGGGAACUUAAAAACUAUUUGGACUCAAUGUAUUUUACAACAGCCCAAUACAAUAGUCCACCAGCAAAGCAGGAUGAAGAUUAUCCUGUUACAAAGCUGUGCCGUGCCAUUGAUGGAGCUCCAAUUGGAAGCGACACACUUGAUAGAAUAUUUGCAAGUGUUGUUGCUUAUGUUGGACAAAAGGAUUGCUAUAUCAAUGAACCGAACAACUUUAAUACUUCUCUACUUUCGGUACCUCUCUCAGGUUGGGGAUGGCAGAAAUGCAGCGAAAUGGUGAUGCCUAUGUACCGGAGCAAUGCUACCAUGUUUGAACCUGAACGACCUUUUAAUCUAACGGUCUUCAUCAAAAACUGCAAUGCCACUUAUGGAGUCCUCCCUCGACCAAACUGGGUCCCUCUUUAUUAUGGACUCUAUGAUAUGAAACUGGUUCUCAAAAACUUUGGUAGCAAUAUCAUUUUCUCCAAUGGGCUAAAAGACCCUUAUAGUAUCGGCGGUGUAUUGGAAAGCAUAUCAGACAGCAUUUUAGCCAUUCAUACAGCCAACGGAUCACACUGUUUGGAUAUUGAGGGAAAAAAGGAAAGCGAUCCAGAAUGGUUAGUCAAGCAGCGCGAGACUAUAGUGAAGAUAAUUGAAGCAUGGAUUGCAAAGUACUAUCAAGAUGUUGCCGUUGAAGCCUUCACAAAACAUGAUUAUGGUAAGAAGAUUGCAUUGAAAGCACAAAAGACCUCGCAUGGAGGUAUUGCACAGUAGAAAGGAUAUCCAGUCGAAGCAUGUCAAAGAGAGAGGGAAAAAAAUAAUUAAUAGAUAUAAUAAACGAUGGCCUAAUAAGUAAAUAAUUAAUAGAUAUAAUAAACAAUGGCCUAAUAAGUAUUUCCCUUUUUUCUUUUCUAGGAAGGUAAUGUGUCAAUUUGGAGGCAAUGCAAGUGCUAAAACUCAUAGGGCAUCUUCGCCGUGAGUUCAAUUCUUAAUAAAAGAAGCUGUUUGCAUUUUGAGAA